CGCUGCCUCCCGCCGGGACCCGCCGCGCGGGGCGGGGCUGCUCAGGCUGGCGGCGGCGUGAGUGUUCACAAUCCUUCCUUUAACAGUGAACUACGUCUUAUCUAAUAAAGACAUGGAUGGGAUGGAUGAAACAUCUAAAAGAAUCCUAGAGCCAUACCAGUAUUUACUUCAACUACCAGGUAAACAAGUGAGAACCAAACUGUCACAGGCUUUUAAUCACUGGCUGAAUGUUCCAGAAGAUAAGAUACAGGUUAUUAUUGAAGUGACAGAGAUGUUGCACAAUGCAAGCCUGCUUGUGGAUGAUAUUGAAGAUAACUCAAAGCUACGACGGGGCUUUCCAGUGGCUCACAGUAUCUAUGGAAUUCCAUCAGUAAUCAACUGUGCUAAUUAUGUGUAUUUCCUUGGCUUAGAGAAGGUCUUAACCCUUGAUCACCCAGAUGCUGUUAAAGUCUUUACCCGUCAGCUACUGGAACUCCAUAAAGGUCAAGGCUUGGAUAUUUACUGGAGAGAUACUUACACUUGUCCUACAGAAGCUGAAUACAAAGCUAUGGUACUACAAAAGACAGGUGGUCUCUUUGGAUUGGCUGUAGGCCUCAUGCAGCUCUUCUCAAAUUAUAAAGAAGACUUAAAACCACUUCUUAACACACUUGGUCUCUUCUUCCAAAUAAGAGAUGACUAUGCCAACUUGCACUCCAAAGAAUAUAGUGAAAACAAGAGUUUUUGUGAAGACUUAACUGAGGGCAAGUUCUCAUUCCCAACCAUUCAUGCAAUUUGGUCAAAACCUGAAAGUACUCAGGUGCAAAACAUUUUACGCCAAAGGACAGAAAACAUAGAUAUAAAAAAAUACUGUGUGCAUUACCUUGAAAAUGUGGGUUCAUUUGAGUACACUCGGAAUACGUUAAAAGAGCUUGAAUCUGAAGCCUAUAAACAAAUUGAAUCACUAGGUGGAAACCCUGAGCUUGUAGCACUAGUUGAACAGCUGAGCAAAAUGUUCAAAGAAACUGAAAACUAAUAAAUUUAUCUCCUGGGGGUGAAUGGAAGCUUUUUAAAAUGGGAAGAUGACUAGCUUGUCUGAAAGGUGUGAUAAUCAGUCUCACUUAAAACUACUUGUGUUGCCACAUUACAGAAAUUACUGCUGAAACCAAUUUGGUCUCCAAGAAUUGUGAUAUAUCCUAUUAUCUAUACCGUCUGAAUUGUAGCUGCUUGCAGAUGGCUUUGUUAAAGCAUAUGUACUAGAACUGAAACAAGCUUUGGAUCCGUGUGAUCUUUACACAAUCAUUGGCAUUACUUCAGCCCUGGAACUCUCAUAUGGUGCAUAUUCAACCAGGCUACUGUAGGCUUCUGCCUGAAAUUCCAUAUUAAAUUAAAUCUGAGUAACCUGAGUGGCUUGUGUGUUUUUAAGCAAUGCUCUAGUAAACCAAGAUUUGCAGUGUUAAAUAACACAAGAUACUUGCAACCAGAAUGCAUGUACAAGUGUUGCAUUGUAAAUACAAGUUACAAUUGUGAAGAUCAGAUGGAUCUUUGCUUAAUCCUAAUGUGAAUAUCCUGUACAGUGUCUGAGAAUACUUCCAGGGGAAUACAAAUUGUGGAAAAUAUUUUUUAUCCAAGUGAGACUAAUGUUCAGACUGAAGUGUUAGCUUUAUAGAGACUUCUGCUUAACUUAGGGAGAAUGUUCUAUCACAUCAGAAAAGCAUGAAUUUGCCACUGAUUCCAGCUCUGGUGUGAAUUGCUUUGAUUGCCUGGUUUUAGAUUUUAAAGCUAACAAAUAUUUUGUAGCCUGGGACUUAAAUCUAUGCAUUAGAUCUCAAGCAUGUAGCUGCAAAUAGCAACGUAGUAAGGUGCUGUUAUGAGAUUCACAGCAGGUAACUUUACGACACUGAUUGGUGCAGGUCUCUUUAAUCUCUGCUUUUAAUUGAGGGGGGGGUUCUCCAGGAGUGGAUUCAUAAUUCAUACCGCAUCCAUGUUCUGAUUUGGUAUCAGGAGUCAUGUUAUAGGCCUCUCAAUAGGGACAAAUUUUGUAACUUUUGGCUAAGAGAAAGUACGGUAUUUUGUUGUUUUACAAGCUGUAAUACUAGUUCAGUUUUGUUAAUUAUUUAAAUGUUUUUGGAAUGAUGUACACAGGCAUGCCCGUAUUGAACUGAGAACUAGAUUAGAGGGAUGGCCUGGUGAGUGACAAAAAUCUCUGCAUGUGUGUACACACGUACAGAAAUGUUUGCUUCUUGGCUGGGCUGGCUUUAACCAGGUUCAGUUUCUUUAGUCUUCACAACCAUAUGCGGUUUUGCUCUGAUGUAGGUUCAGAUCAAAGGUGGGACUGAUGCUAUCAGCAGUGUCUUUAAGCUGAUAACACACUCUCAAAAGAAAUGGCCAGAGGUACUUGGCUUCUAACAGCUGAAGGGUAGCUGUUUGUAUGUGUUCACUUACUGUACCUGGAAAACAGGGAGAGUCAUUACCUCAACCCAACUAACAGAAGAAGGCUGCUAUAAUGUUGUCUUUUGGCAAGCCUUGGGAUUCUUCCAAGAGUGAUCAAGCACAAAAAAAAAAAAAAAAUCAGGAUGACUGCUUUUAGUCAGAGACAUUACAUAGUUAUAGAUGGUAGCUUAUUCCUCUUAUCUGCUGCUGAGGAGGGAUCUCUCUCUGCCCUAUGAUUAAGCAAAGUAGCCUUUUCACUGAGUGAACCUGGUUGCCAGGAUUUGACUAGCUUAAAGUUGAAGGGUAUCUUUUAUUUAAUGUUAAUGACAGUGACUGUAUUUCCUUUCUUAAUUUGUAGUGCUGAGUAGUAAGCCUGUACAUUCUUCGUAUUUUAUGGAAACUUAGUAUUUUAUGGAAAAAUACCAUCUGCAGUGAAGUGCAAUGUUUAUUUUGUGCCAUGUCUUAGGAGUUUCCAAGCACUGUUGCAACUGAUGUUGAAUGGUGGAGAGAUGAAAAAACAUUGUUGUCAGGAGAAUCUCCUAGCCUUACUGUGUAAGACAUCUUUCUGCCAACUAGGAUAUUAUGACUAUAUAUACAGUGUAAAGUGCACUUAGUGUCAUUUCAUUUUUGUUCAGUUGCUGGAUGUAAAUAAUUGUGUAAUCAAACUUUCUUGAUGAAGUAGGAUUUUUUAUUUUAAAACUUUUUUCUACCAUCUGAGAUUUCUGCUGUGUAGUCAGUUCUUUGGUUUAUUCUGGCUACUCCUCCCAGUAUUUAAUGCUGUAUCUUGCCAAACAUGCAUCCAUUAACUUAAGAGUAGGUACACUGGAAGCUUUCCAGCUAUGGGCCCUUUAAACCACAGACAGGUAAGAAGAGAAAAGUACCCCCGAAAAAGGCAGCUGGACCAACAAGAAACCAGAUAGCUCUGCUUUGCUGUUCUGUCCGGUGUUUUGAUACCAGGCUUUUGAUACCAGUAGUCAAAGCAUUUUCUGAAGAUGUAUCUUAACAAUACUCUACUCGUGAGCAUUUUGCUCUUUGCUUUGGCUGGAAUAAAUCAAAACCUUUCAGGAUUUUUCUUAAUGUAUUCAGAAGCUGGAAAGGCCAGACUCUUUCCCUUGCAUUUCUUAAGCCAGUAAAGCGUCAUGAAGCAUAGUCAAGGCAGAUUUUAUGUUUGGUGCCAGAAGACAUGCUGUAUCCUCAUCUAUAUUCUCCAGUAUUGGCCCUGGUACAAGCUCCUGGUGUUCAGCCAUGUUAGGUAAAUAACUUCUUGAAGCAGCGUGAGAGUUGUCUUUGGCUGCAGAACUAAUUUAGUUGUGUCAGUGCAUUUCUCAGAGGCUGGAUGUCACAUCUGUCUUUGCCUCUUACAUGGUUGAUGUUACCUGCAUCAAUUGUAAUGAAAAUGAUAUCUCUUCAGGACCUCCCUGAGGAGAUACGCUUGUCUUCCACCUUUCCCUCCGAGCUCAGGCUGUUCUAUGAACCCACGAAGAGCAACUUUGUACGUAUCAGCCAGCUGCUGACACAACCACUCAUUUCCAUGCUGAGCCUCAAAGUUGAAUAUUGAAACUUGGAGUACCUCAGUGAAGUUUCUUUCUAUAAGUACCACUCACAUUGUUUCAGUGACUGAACUGAGAAGUUUCUAUUCCUGCGGCCACAGAAGCUGUCUCUGUAUUCUCUGCUUCAAUACUGUGCUAUUCUGGAGAUGCCUGCAGCUAGUGUAACUCUUAGUAAAGCAACCUUGUAAUUGCUGCUCAUGCGGAAGAUGCAAACUCUUACCUCUAGGAAAAUGUGUGAAGGCUACUGCUUGAACUCAUUACUCUGAGACAGUAAAAAUACUUGGAAACGCGUGGUCUUUGUGCAUUAUUAUUUCCCUUUCCCUCAGAAGCCAUCAAGAGUACUUUGAGAGUUUCAUAGUUGAGUGCAUAAGGUAUGGUGUGACUGGCAUAGUAUCUGCCCCGUUCAUGAACAGAGUGUAAAGGCGGUCUGGCAUGUUCUCUGAACGUUGCAAAGAUUUUUUAAAAAUGCCACCACACAAAAAUCUCUAUGUUCGUUAUAAAUGCACACAUGGGCUAAGCAUCUCCAAUAACUUCAGUUACUAAUAAAGCUUUUCCUUAUAACCUCUGAUACUAAUUUUUCUUCUACGUCAGUACGUUGAGCAAAGCGCGUGUUCUACAGCAAGUCAGCUGUUUUCAUGUUUUGUGGUUAGUGUAAGUAGUAAUCCAGUUCAGGCUAUAGAAAUAGGACUAUUUUACAGGAGCUUAAGAAUCCUUAACUCUUAUCUUUCACAAUUCACAUCUAACCCCAACCUACUUAAUUACUACUUUUAUUUUCUUACAUUAACUUUUCAUAUUAGGUUAGGAUACAUUUUUUGUUAUAAGAAGCUAAGCUUCACCAUUCUACAAGGGGUCAAAGAUGCUAUAAUGAAAGUCUUACAAAAUUGCAGCAUACCUCACAGGUUACAAAGAACUGACCAUGCAAAGGUGAAAGCUAUCCCUUUUCCAUUCAAUAAACCUUUCUUCUGCACUUCUGUGCAUAUGUCUCUAAGUUCACACUUCUUUAUCAUGUCUGUUCACCAGUAUUCUCCUGUAAGUCUGUUUCUUGGAAAUUGUUAUUUAUGUUCCCCAGCUCCUGUAAUUGUGAUAGAUGCCACCUUGCACCAUGCUAUAUGCAAAUCUAGUUCUUUCUUCCAGCCUAGCUCUAAAAAGAACUUUAUUAAUGAGAAGUGAGGAAAGGCGUAAUCUGCAAAGCAAACAUGAGUUCGUGUAAAACAGAGUGGGAGGAAUGAGAUGGCAAGAGAAAUUAAUUAGAAACGGCAGAGGUCGGGAUCAGAUUUAAUACUUAAUAUUGUUAAGUGAGUCUGUAAUUUGAGAUGUGAUAGUUAUUACUGAUGUGAUUAGCAGCUGAUGUGUGUGCAGACAUGAGCUUUUAAAGCUAGUGGUAAAAGGCCUUACAACUGUAACCUAGUUCAUUAGAUUUUGUUUCCUGUCAUUUCCAAGUUUACUUUCCCCAGUGAUUUAUCCACAGCUUUAAUUUUGUAUUUUUAUUUGCCUUCCACAAACAAAGACUUAAAUUUAGGGUGUGGAAAAUAUACGUUGAUAUUUCCAAAAAUGUUCCUGGCAGUGGGAAAGAAGCAGUAUUUCUUUAAGCCUUCACCUUGGUGGUUGAUUUUGCUAAUUAUUAAAUACCUAAAUGCCUCUGUGCUGUGGAAAUUUCCUAUAUUAAUUGCUUCUUUCCCCAGUUUUUGUUAAAAUGCUAACAUUAUGGUGUAAAAGCAUGGGUUUGAGUAUAUUUUCCCACCUUGUUAUAUAAAAAUUGAUUCAAAAUCAAAUGCCUCUAGCACUGAAUUGGGCCAGGCUUUUAUUCAUGUACAAGAGCUGUGUGGGCAUCUGUUGCUCCUAGUUCUGUCUUAAUUUCAUCAUGUUAUGUUUCAGGUUUGAUAUUUACUAUGCUCUUUGUAUUAUUUGCUCAGUACUUGCAUUGUAAUUCUCUUCCUUCCUCAGCAGUAUUUCUGGUUUGCUACUAAUGCCAUAGCACACACGAUACCGUCGAACUCCUUUUUGAUCCUGGACAAAAUAGUCUGGUUUGCUUCUAAAACUUUAAAUCUUGGUUCAUCCUGUGCCAUUACAACAGUAAUCCAAGAUUUUCUGCAAUCUUGAAGAAACUUUUUUAUUUCCUCGUAGCUAAAGCAUUUAACAUUUUAUGUUGCCAUUUUCCAUGUAGUUGGAGCUUCUUUACCUCUCCUACCUGUUUGCCUUUAACACUUAUUUUGCUUUUGUGGUAUCACUCGUUAUAGGCCUUUCCAUGAAAAUUUAACUUGCUAACCAGGGAGAAGAGGAUGGUUUGUUGUUGUUGUGUUGUGUUUUGUUUUGUUUUUGGUCUAGGUUAAUGAAUUAUUCUACUGAGCAAAAGCCUGAUGAAUGCCAAAGCUGGAAGGUGGAUGAGGCAGAAGCAGAGCCAAGGAAAGGAUUUGAGAGAAUAAGAAUACCCAUUUUAGGCUCCUGAGGCUGCCUCGUGUAAUUCCACCUUGUUUUAUAGCAUCUCAUUCACUUUGUUAGGAAAAGCAAAAGAGUGUGUUCAGUUUCCCUGAGCUUCCCUUCUUGCUUUCUGAAUGUAAUGCAAGAGAUACUAGAGUUAUAAAUGACUUAUUCUGAUGGUUAUGUAAAUAACUUGCAUAUAUUACUAAAAGUACAGAUAAAACAAAGAGUACCUUGUUUCCCUAGCUUCAAGAAUACAAAAAUUGUUAGAAAACUACAGUAAUUGAACAAUCUGUUACAUGCUGACUUGAUUUGAUCAUUACCUCACAUUAACAUUCUUCCUGGAUGGCUUCUACUAGACCUCACCACCGGCGUUCACCUUUUCUGCAGCAGUUUCUUUUAAAUGAUUUCAGAAGGCAACUUGGUGAGGAGGUGACAAAAUAAGUCAUUGUUUUGAUGCUUUUUUUUAUUAAAAAUAAUAAUUUAAAAAAAAAAAACAGUAAAUCUAAGUGCUUAUGUUUUUCUUUACUGGCUUCAUGUACACAUUCACUCUUGUCACUGAGGCUAGUGGUUCAGCUGGUGUCACCGGGAAUAAUCCAGGAUUCAUGAAUCCACUUCCAUUCAAGUGUAUGACCUGCAAAGUUUAUAGUUAGGCAUUUGCUGAGCAGUUCAGUUUACUACAGCAUAGGGAGCCGUGGGAGAUAACUCCCAAGAAGGCCUAACAUGACACUUCCAGGGACAACGCUACAUGACCUGAUGUGAGUCUGAUGUGAAGAGAAAUCCAAGAUAAUUUUCUGCUCCAAAACAAUCUGUGAAAAUACUCUUUACUCCCUUGGAAAUGUGAAUUACAUGAUAUGGUGCCAGUUAGCACGUGUAUCUUCUCUGGAUCACAGUGGAUUAUUUUCACUCUUCAUAAAGUUUCAAUUGUUAUUUCUGGACCAUAUGGUAGAAGUUGCUUAAUGAUUAAUAACUGAAGUCCAUAAAAAGGGGGGGGGAGAGGGAGAGAAAAAUGGUAAGCUUUUUUCAUGCUGUUUUGAAAUGCAUAUAAAAGAUGGCCUGUUGUCUUGCUGUAGUCUAGCAUAUGUUAGCCUGCAGUGAACUUCUGUUAGCUGAGGGAGGCAUGACAACUCUGCAUCGACUUCAGUUAUUAAGCACUCAGGUGCGUGUGGCAUCAAGGCCCUGUGAACAAAUCAAAGGGAGAAAAAUGAAAGUGCUUGCAAGGAAGAAACACAAAGUUCUUUCAAAAUAGGACUUCAGAUAAUUUUGAAGUUAAUGCACAGAGACAUAGAAGUAAAGCCACAGAAAACUGUAGGAGUUAACUGAAGAACCUAUUGCUACUUAUUUUCUCUUCCUUUUGCGGGUGGGAUGGGACAGUGCUACACAGCCUGAUGUGAAAACACAGUAAAAAAGUAAAACACAGUAAAAACCUUUUGAAGGAAUUGUCAUUCCUAUUCCCAGAAAUGUAAAAAGUGUGCUUUAAACCCAUUUUAUUGCAUUUCAAGUCAACCAAAAUGAAUGUUAAAUUGUGAAGAAAGAUCUUCUACUUAGGCAUUUAUAAAAUGCGGAGCUUGUAAGUCUAAUAAAAGGUGAAAACGUUACAUUGGUCUGGUUGUUUUAUUUGCAUUGUUCUGUUUCUGAUCAAAUAAAACCAAGUUUGUUGGACGAA